AUGGACUUCUCUCCCACCGUCGUCGACCUCAUGAACCAACGCCACGCCGAGGUAAAAGGAAUAGAAUGGAAGCUUAUGGACGUACGUGAUAUGGUCGGCGUUGCUGACAAAUCUGUCGGCGUUGCCUUCGACAAGGGGACAUUGGAUGCCAUGAUACACGGUAGCCCUUGGAACCCUCCGGAAACAGUCAAGGAGAAUACUAGUGGAUAUCUUUACGAAAUUUAUCCAGUACUGAAAGAUGGUGGCGUCUUUCUGUAUUUCACUUUCAGACAACCACAUUUUAUGAAACCGCUUUUAAAUCCACGGAGCGUAUGGGAUAUGGAUAUACAGGUCCUCAACGACUCUGGCCCCUUUGAUUACUACGGAUACAUGCUUCACAAGGAAGGGAAACGGUAG